UGAUUUGUUCCUUGAUCGAAAUUCUUUCUUCAACAAAAGCGUGUAACUAAACACAAUUUCAGUCGUCACUACAAAUACAAACCGAAGAACAUUUCAGUGAUCUUCCGAAGGGCGAAAGAGAAACGCAUUCGGAGUGUGCGUGAAGAUCAAACCAUGGACGACGAACUGCUCGAGCUGCAGCGACAAUUCGAGUUCGCGCAGCAAGCCAAGUCGAGCAUUCGAUUAUCAGAGCGAAACGUCGUCGAAUUGGUCCAAAAACUGCAGCAACUUCAAAUCAUUGAUUUCGAACUUCUCCACACUGUCUCCGGCAAAGAGUACAUCACUCUCGAUCAACUGAGGAAUGAUAUGGUGGCUGAGGUGAAGAGAUUAGGGCGCGUUUCUUUGAUCGAUCUCGCUGACUCUACUGGAGUUGACUUGUACUACGUGGAGAAGCAGGCGCAGAGCGUUGUGACAGCACACCAAGAACUCAUGUUGACUCAGGGAGAAAUCAUGUCUAGCUCUUAUUGGGACUCAGUCGCGGAAGAGAUUAACGAGAGGCUUCAGGAGUGUAGUCAGAUUGCGCUGACGGAGAUCGCGGCGCAAUUGAAUGUCGGUUUGGACUUGGUUGCCUCCGUGUUGGACCCGCGCCUUGGAAGAAUUGUGAAAGGAAGGCUUGAAGGUGGCCAGCUGUAUACUCCUGCCUAUGUGGCUCGUGUUGGUGCCAUGGUUCGAGGCGCUGUGCGGGGCACCACUGUUCCAACCAAUUUGACUGUGGUAUGGAGUUCGUUGCAGCAGUUGCUGCAAGAAAUUGACGGAACCAGCGGUUUGGCUGUUGAAGGAUCUUUCUUCCAGUCAUUGUUUAACGGACUGGUGAAGGAAGGGGAGGUUCUAGGGUCACUUCGUGCAGGAGUACAUUGGACACCAGCUGUAUUUGCUGUUGCUCAAAAGGAGUUUGUGGAGUCAUUUUUUUCUCAGAAUUCUUUUAUCACCUAUGAGGCGCUGCACAAACUUGGAAUUCCGCAGCCCAUUCAAUUUUUGCAGUCCAGAUACCCUGAAGGCAAACCUUUGGUUACAACAUUUGUUCAUCAAUCUAUGAUUGAGAUGCUAGAUGCUGCUACGGAGGAUGCUAUUGACCGUGGUAGCUGGAGUGAUUCUCUUUCCUUGUUACCUUCAUCUUUUACACCUCAAGAUGCUUCUAAAAUGUUGUCCUUUUGUCAAUCUGUGCAAAAUGCUCUUAAGUCUAACAAAGCACAUAUUUUUGGGGAUUUUUAUGUGUUGAGCAGCAGCUUUAUAAAGGACAUCUGUGAUCAUGUUGUGAAAGAGUUGGAGACGUUAGAUGUUUCAAGGUCUGCUGGCACUACCAUGCCUGGAAAUGUGAAAGUACCCAAUGAAGCAAAAGUAGGACGGGAAUCGAGCAGGUUGAACGAGUCCAUUGAGAUGGCAAGUGAUGGUGGUGCCAACAGGCAAGCUGAUAAAGGAUCAAAGAAGAAAAAGGGGAAAGCCACAGGGAAUGCAGUAGUAAAUCUAUCUGAAAGUGGUGCAGAUAACCAGGAACAGACUUCGACAAAAUCUAAGAGAGGCCAGAAAAGAGGUAAGGACACAUCUGCACAAACAUCUGAUUCGAAGACAGGUUCUAGGAAAGAGUUGCUUAAAAUAAAAGAGGAAGAUCUCAGUCCCUCAGAAGAAUGGAUCAUGCAGAAAAUUACAGUAUUGGUUUCUGAUUUUGAAGAACAAGGUAUAGAUGAUCCUGAAAUAAUUCUUAGGCCCUUGGCUAACCAAUUAAGGCCUACAAUAAUCAAUUCUUGGGUGGAGAAAAAGAAGGCCCUGCUUACAAACAAUGCAGAAAGAAUGAAACGUUUGCUUGAUAAUUUGCAGAAGAAACUUGACGAGUCUUUCUUAAACAUGCAGCUGUAUGAAAAAGCCUUGGAAUUGUUUGAAGAUGAUCAAUCAACUUCUGUUGUUUUGCAUAGGCAUUUACUAAGAACAGUAGCAGCUCCUAUGGUGGAUUUGCUUCUUCAUAACCUGGAUGAGCACAACAAAUUAAAGAAUGGACUUGACGUGCAGGAAGCUCCAAAUUCUGAGUUUGUUUCACUUAGUCCUGCUGACAGAACUGCAAUUUCUAAGAGUUUUCCAGGAGCUCUUGCAAACAAGGCUCUUGCUGUUGUUGAAUCAUUGGAAGGAAAGAGUGUGGAGACAUUCAUGGCUGCUUUUAGAAUGGUUACAGAAGAGAGUGGGCUGCCUUUGAAAAAGCUUGACAAGAAACUAGAAAGAACACUCUUACAUUCAUAUCGUAAGGAAUUGACAUCUCAAGUUUCUGCUGAGACUGACCCUGUAUCACUUCUAGCAAAAGUUGUUUCUUUACUUUAUAUCCAGGUUUACCACAAAGCUCUUCAUGCUCCUGGAAGGGCCAUUUCCGUUGCCAUUUCUCAUUUAAGGGAUAAGGUAGAUGAGUCGGCAUGCAAGAUUUUAACUGAUUAUCAGACUGCAACAGUCACUCUUUUGACACUUGUAGCAGCUUCACCCGGUGAGGAUAAGGAUUGUGCAUCUGAUAGGAUUUUGAGUACAAGGGAACUUCUAGAGAGCCAAAUGCAGGACCUCAAAAACUUGGUUUUGGGCACGACCCAAUCUUCAUAAAAUGUUUUUUAAGCCAUAUUGACUACUAAGUCAAGCUUUGUCCUAAUGAUGCAAUGAUUGUACUGGCUAUCCUUAGGUGCAAAAAUUCUCUGAUACGCUGCAAUUUGCUAAAGUAGACAAAUGCUGGGAAAUUAGAUUAGGAUUUUAUUAUGGACAUUACUUCACUCUAAUU